GGCUGUUUAUUGUUCCUUCCCCGACACCGACAGAGGAAAAGCAGGCUUAACAAGCUGUCCGCUUCCCCGCGAGUCCACACGGUUCACAGUCGGGUUUUAAACGAAAGGUGUAACGCGCGAGACAGCUGACCGCACGAACCAGGGGCCAUGGCGUACGCGUACCUGUUCAAGUACAUCAUCAUCGGAGACACGGGUGUGGGGAAGUCAUGUCUAUUACUACAGUUCACAGACAAGAGGUUUCAGCCCGUUCACGACCUCACCAUCGGUGUGGAGUUUGGAGCGAGGAUGAUCACUAUAGAUGGAAAACAGAUCAAACUGCAGAUCUGGGAUACGGCCGGUCAGGAGUCGUUCCGGUCCAUCACCAGGUCUUACUACAGAGGAGCAGCAGGAGCUCUGCUGGUCUACGACAUCACAAGAAGGGACACCUUCAACCACCUGACCACCUGGUUAGAGGACGCUCGCCAACAUUCCAACUCCAACAUGGUCAUCAUGCUCAUCGGCAACAAGAGUGACCUGGAGUCGAGGAGAGAGGUGAAGAAGGAAGAGGGCGAGGCGUUUGCCAGAGAACACGGCCUCAUAUUCAUGGAGACCUCAGCCAAGACUGCCUCUAAUGUCGAGGAGGCCUUCAUCAACACAGCCAAGGAGAUCUAUGAGAAGAUCCAGGAGGGAGUGUUUGACAUCAACAACGAGGCUAACGGUAUUAAGAUCGGACCCCAGCAUCCCACCACCAACUCCACGCUGUCCGGGAGCCAGGGGGGCCAACAUGCUGGAGGAGGCUGCUGCUGAAGCCCCAACACACUCCUCCUCCUCCUCGCCCUCUCCGACUCUUCCUCGCGUUUCUACAGAACUGUCCAGGCUCACUAACAGUUUGUUAACAUCCCCCCACCAUCUCUCUCAGCUCUAUUCGUUCAUUCAUCCCUCCCUCGGUGUCUCUUGUUUCUCUCUCUCUCUCCGUCUUUCAGCCAUGUCUUCGCUAAGUCCCUCGUCCAUUCCCAAGGGUCCGGGGAGGGGGAGGGGCCGCGUCCCCCUGAAACCACCUGACCGAGUUAGCUUAGACCUCCACGUUCAGUUUACUGUGAUUGUCCGUUGGUUUUUGGUUAAACAAUGUCAUCUAACAACAUGCCGGGAUGUGAAGAAUUGUAUUCCAGCCACGAGAGUCUGUCUCUCCUCUUUAUCCACAGAGAUGUUGUUGUUGUUGUUGAUGAUACUCCACAACCUGAGUGUCUGCAGCAACGAUGAGGCUCUGGGUAGAGAUUACACACACUCUUAACAAACUGUCUGUAUGGAACAAACCAUGCGCUGUGUUGUGUCUACACGCGCACACGCACACACACACACCUGUACAUGUUGUGAAGACCAUGACGCAGCCCGUUGAUAGCAGGACAUGUUUCCACAUGUUGAGUCAGUUUUCAUGCUAUUUGUGUGUGUGUAGGGACGACAUAUAGGUAUUCCAGUAUGUCGGUGUGUGUGUGUGUGGUUAAGGAAGCAUUCAGCUCCCUCUGUAUCUUCUGUCCAUAAAAGUGCAAAUGAUUAUGUUAUUUUGUGCUUCUUUUCACUCUUUGUCGCCAUGAUUUGUUCUUUCUCCCUCUCUUCCCCUCCCUCAUCCUCUUCCUCCCUCUCUUAUCUCUGUGUCCUUUUCGUUGACGUUCAUAUGAUUUGUAUUUAAUGAACACUACAGACUGGUUGUGGUUUAACAAACAAAGUGUUAAAGAGAGAAUAAAGAGAGCAAACUGAG